AUGCUCAGACUGCCUCCAUCAGCGGUUGCAAGACGGAUCGCUGCUUUUGUGUUUUUUGCUGUAGCCAGCCAUGCAAACACAGACCUAGCUGUUGAUAAGAUGGCUCUGGUGGAUGCAGUCAACGACAUUGUCAUUGCUGAAUUCGACCCUCUUGAGUCUGGGACGACACUGUACCUGGACGAGCUCCCUGCACAGAUCAAUGUUGUCGCCACUACCCUUCAAAGUGUUGGAAGCAUGCGGUUCAAAGUCAACGGAAACCACUUCAGAACUGAAACCAAUCCACCCUUUGCCAUGGCUGGGGAUAGUAGUGGUAAUUAUCACGACUGGGGGCCAUCGCCUGGGACGUACCUUAUAGGUGCCCAGGCCUUUGAAAAUGCUGGUGGCAAUGGAGAUUCUGGGACCGAACAUGUGAUCGUCGUUACUGUUGCUGCCACUCGCCCAGUGACGACGUCGUCGAGCACCACAAGUUCCUCGGUCACCACAAGCUCCUCAACUUGGACGUUCACAUCUAGUUCUAGCACCACCACAAGCAGCUCAUCAGCCAGCUUGACCACGACCUCAACUGCCACAGUGUCUUCGACCACAGCUACUUCAUUGACGUCAUCGUCGUCAAGCACCAGAAGCACCAGGACCACGACCUCAACUGCGUCGUCGUCAAGCACCACAAGCACCAGGACCACGACCUCAUCUGCCACAGUGUCUUCAAGCACAUCUACUUCGUUGACGUCAUCGUCGUCAAGUACCACAAGCACCACGACCACUCCACUCACGAGGACUGUAAGCAGCUCGACCACAUCCACUACAUCUUUGUCAACAAGCACCUCGCUGACAACCUCCACGGCACUCUCAGUGACAUCAAGCAGUUCCACAUCCGCCACAUUUAGUACCUCUCUUUCAACCACAGUCUCGACUUCAAGUACAGUCUUGACAUCAACAAGCAGUUCAGUAUCAACUACAGUCACAACAUCAACAAGCAGCUCAACAUCUACACUUUCGGCCAGCUCCACUUUCACAACAGUCUCUUCCUCAAUCACCACGACUGCAGCAACGUCAUCUUCAGUCACCAAGAUGCCCCGCACUUCGACAUCUACAACCUCUUUGAGCAGCACAGUUUCUUCCAGCGACUGCAAUACUUCCAUUGGGGUGCCGAGGGUUCUACUUCCCGAUAGCCUUAUGCAGAGCCCACAUGGGGAGAUUUUGUCCAAAUCGCUGGAGGCUGCUUCAACGUUCUUCUGCGAGGAUGGCGGUUUACAUGGCACGACAACAGCGGUUGGGGCAGUGACCGCGAUAAAGCUAACCGCUCAGACAGACCCGGUGGUGCUAGACCUGAACACAAGCGAAGACAGCUUGCCCAUGAAAAUCGUACUUCCACAAAGUCUGCUGCAGGUUUUGCUCCAAAGUGGCAAUGCUAUGAUGGUCUUCACAGAGGUGGCAGCGGAGCUAGCUCCAGCGUUUGCUGUGCAGGGCGUUGACGGAGAAGAUGUGGUUCUGUCGUCACGGCUUGUGGAGCUCUCCUUCAUCAGCGAGAAUGCUGGAUCGUUGACUCUUCUGAACGUUUCAGGAAGUGAAGGCAUCGUAUUCUCGUUCGCUUCCCGCGCUCCGCUUGAGGACGAAAGGUGUGGAUUCUUCGACCCCAAGCUGGGUGCUUGGUCGGAGGAGGGGGUAGAGUUCUUGGCCCACUACGAGGUUCAUGGCGAAAGCAUCAACCGGUCCUGGUGCCGGACCACACACACAUCCCUCUUUGCACUCCUGCAGACGCUACCUGUUGACCGGGCCAUUGGGGCAGGAGCUUUCAUCGACGUGAAAAGCUAUGCAGGGGCUGUAGUUCUGUGCGUCAAUUUCGCAGUUAUAUGUUGCUUGCUUCUCUGCAUUGUUUUGCUCCGACGCGUGCGGAAGCCCACCACCGGACAUGUCAAACUGGUGACACAGAGGCUUGUGCAUGGCCACAAAGCAAAGGUGCGCACACUUUCCUUUAAACUCAGCGAUCUGCCGGGCGAAGUGGAUGUGGAAGGAGGCCCAGCAGCCCAGCCAAAGGUCCAUGUGCGGUGGGACGAGGACCUCAGCAUACUGGAGGACCUACAUUACCUGCGCCGGGGCCGCCGUCAAGUUGUUGUCAACCUUAAUAUCGGGCCACCUCAGCGCAAGGUGGAUUCGGCCGACUCCUAUCGAGAUCCUCUUCGGGAGACUGUUCGACCGCAGUGUUCCACGAAUGUGGAUGCAGGUGCUCACCUGGAGAGAGAGCCCUCGGAGACCGAGCCGUCUUCUCAGGCCAACGAGCUGGUGCUUUCAAGUUUGGAUGAAGCAGUGGACGUCAUCUCUGCCGGCGUGGAUGAUCUCUACUUCCUGGAGACCGACUCUAUUGUGUCUGCAGGGCUGGAUGGCUUCGUCUUGUACGUGCCGCCGUCUGAAGCCUACCUGGAAGGUGAAUGGGUCCUGUACUUUUCUUCGACCCUGGCAUGCAUGGUGCCAGCUAGAGUCGCAGGGCCAGGCACCUUCCAAAGCGAAGACCCGAGCGAGCUACCGUCCUAUGCUUGCCGUGUCGGCCUCCGAAACCAGCUGAGGGAGGCUGUACCCCUGCGAGCACUACGACCAGUUCUGCAGGCAGGCGAGCACGUGGAGGUUUAUUCUGAGAAGGCUUGGAUGCCUGGCGUGGUACGGACCACGCCGCCCAGCCGCCGCCCACCGCACCUUUGGACUUUCCGGGUGAGGCUCGAGGACCAGAAAAGGCAGGACCUGGAGGUUCCUUUGAGCAUGCUUCGACGUCGGUUCCUGGCGGGCGAGCAGGUGGAAGCCUACCUGGGCCGUGGAGCUGGUUGGGUCUCAGCCAUUGUUAGCGAUACAGUGGUUGAAAUCCCAUUGGCCACCACAUGGUCACAGAGGUCGGAAGCAUCUAUGACUUCCGUUCCGUCCAUUUUGGACAUGGACCUGCAGCUUGCCAACCUGGAUACCACCGUGCGGAUCUUCCUUGACUCCUCGAAGCAAGAGGUGGAGCUUCCAACCUCGCAGCUCCGAAGUUGUCGUCAGUCAAAGCUGUAG